UUCAACAACAACACGGCUACUGAUUCAGCCAUCUCUGUACCGGUAGCUUGUUAGCCAACAUUAAACCGACCCAUUGCAUCACUUUAGACCAUUUAUUUGUAUAGCUACAUGCAUAGUAGUGUUUUAAACCCAAUUCGGAUAACGUAUGUACUAGUUGAUUUAAACGGAAUUUGCAAUUUAAGAUUGAUACUGAGUCUAGCACCAGGGCAGUCGCUCAUGCUAGCUAGCUAACAUCCCCGACAAUGAGCUCACAAAGCUUCUCCCCCGCUGCUGAAAAAGAGGUCUGCUGGACAGAGAAAGAACCUCUGGGGCUGAACAUUGUCGUAAAAGAAGAAGACGGGGAUACAGUAAAAGGAGAGGAAGAAGCUUUCAGAACGACGAAGGAGAAAGAGGAGGCUAUCACAUUGAAAGAAGAAGAGGGGGCUGUUAUGGUGAACGAAGAGAAAGGACCUGUUGUAGUGAAAGAGGAAGUAGACGAAUUCAGAAUGAAAGAGGAGACUAUCACAUUGAAAGAAGAAGAAGAAGAAUAUUGUAUAAUGAAAGAGGAAGAGAUAGCUAUCUCAAUAAAGGAGGAGGAAGACGUUUUGGAACUGAAAGAGGAGGCAGGAGGGGAGACUGAAGACACCAAACCAAGGCAAAAUGCUGUUUUCUGGCCCUCCCAGGGCUGUAUAGUGAAAGAGGACAUCGGAAAGGUACAGGAAGAAUAUAGUGUGGCUCCCAUGAGUCCCAGCCAGACUGUUGAUGAUGAUGGCAAUGUUAUUCACUGCAAUAAAGAAUGGGACAUGGAGGACAAGGAUUGGUUUCCUAGCAACCGGCUGGAGGACACGUCUUUCCCACCCCCCUCCCCUCUCCCGGAGUCCCCAGGUCGUGCCUCACUGUGGGGUCUGAAGAGGGUGUCUGUGUGGCUAGUCGAUUGCAGGAAAACACCAGGGCUGAGUGGAACUGCGAGAGAAGGAGAUGAAAAGGGAGAUUCAGAUUCAAUGUCAUCAGGUAACCAUGGUUGGCAGAGGAAGGACAAUGAUUCCAAGCACCACCCUCCUUUUGAAGCUUCCAGUCUGUUAUUCGAACUCAAUCAGCAUGACAGAGUAAUCUCCAGCCUUGUCCUCAUUAACACUCACACCUGUGUUAAUUAGAGAAUCACUGACAUGAUGUCAGCUGAUCCUUUUGUGGCAGGGCUGAAAUGCAGUGGAAAUGUUUUUUGGGGAUUCAGUUCAUUUGCAUGGCAAAGAGGGACUUUGCAAUUAAUUGCAAUUCAUCUGAUCACUCUUCAUAACAUUCUGGAGUAUAUGCAAAUUGCCAUCAUACAAACUGAGGCAGCAGACUUUGGGAAAAUUAAUAUUUGUGUAAUUCUCAAAACUUUUGGCCUCGACUGUGUGUAAACUUCUGACUUCAACUGUAAAUUGCACUAACUGGACAAGAAAUGUAGGUCUUAACCCAAGAAAACCAUUUAUAAUAUACCCCCUCCAUAUCGUGUAAUUUGAAAAAACUAAUUUGAAUUGAAAGUCAACUAUCACUCUAUACCUCUUGGUGUUAGGGGGCAGUAUUUUCAUUUUUGAAAGAAAAAAAACGUUCCCGUUUUAAACAGGAUAUUUUGUCAGGAAAAUAUGCUAGAAUGUGCAUAUAAUUGACAGCUUUGGAUAGAAAACACUCUAACGUUUCCAAAACUGUAAAGAUAUUGUCUGUGAGUAUAACAGAACUGAUGUUGCAGGCGAAAGCCUGAGAAAAAUCCAAUCCGGAUUGGCUGUGAAUGUACCAUCAACGAGUUUACGCUUUCUACGUAUUCCCCAAGGUGUCUACAGCAUUGUGACGUAGUUUUACACAUUUCUGUUGAAGAAUAGCCGUAUGGGGGCACAUUGCGUAAGUGGUCACAUGGUGGCUCUGAGAGAGAUGCGCGUAAAGUGCAGAGGUAGCCAUUACUCCAAUCGGUCCUUGAGAAAAAGGAAUUGUCCCGACGGAUAUAUUAUCGAAUAGAUAUUAGAAAAACACCUUGAGGAUGGAUUCUAAACAACGUUUGCCAUGUUUCUGUCGAUAUUAUGGAGCUAAUUUGGAAUAUUUCCGGGCGAUAUCUCAGCCAAACGUGAAGAACAAAACAGAGCUAUUUUGCCUACAAAAAUAAUCUUUUGGGAAAAAAUGAACUUUGGCUGUCUACCUGGGAGUCUCGUGAGUGAAAACAUCUGAAGUUCAUCAAAGGUAAACGAUUACAUUUUUCAUUGCUUUUCUGGUUUCCGUGACAAGUUUGCCUGCUGCUAGCAAGGCAUAAUGCUAUGCUAGGCUAUGAUAAACUUACACAAAUGCUUGUCUAGCGUUGGCUGUAAAGCAUAUUUUGAUAAUCUGAGAUGACAGGGUGAUUAACAAAAGGCUAAGCUGUGUUCCAAUAUAUUUCACUUGUGAUUUUCAUGAAUAGGAAUAUUUUCUAGGAAGAUUUAUGUCUGUUGCGUUAUGCUAAUUAGUGUCAGAUGAUGAUAACGGUUCCAUUCACGGGCUGGGCGUCACUACAGGUUAAUCUCUAUCCAACAAUGUCACCAAGCUUCUCAACACACAGAACACCUAAAAUGCUCUGUGGCACAAUCCCAAUACAACACACUAGGUUCGUUCUCUGAUCCUACAUCUAUGAUUGGAUGGACAACAUGUCAGUUCAUACUGCAAAAUCUUCGAUUGGUUGGAGGACGUCCUCUGGAAGUGGUCAUAAUUACCAUAUAUGUCUACGGAAGGGGGUGAGGCCUACCAACCUCCUAGGUUUUGUAUUGAAGUCAAUGUAGCCAAAGGGGGACGGAAGCUAGCUGUCCUCCGGCUACGCUAUGGUGCUAGCCCAGACAGUGCUGUUGAAGUUACUGUAGACCUUCAUUGCAAAACAGUGUAUUUUAACCAAUUUAUUUGUUGACAAAUUAAUAUAUUUAGGAUAGUUUUAUCUAAAAAGGAUAACUUUUUUAAUGUUUCACUAUUUUUAUUUUUAUGAAAUUUCACUGAGGAGGAUGGCCCCCCCCUUCCUCCCAUGAGGAGCAUCCACUGAAGUGCGCAUCAUAAAAAUGACUGGUAGUCUACACACUUUGUUAUUAUCGGUCAGUCAAAGCAGCACUACUGUCAGAAGCUCCAUGUGUACCAAGCCAUGUGGAAGAUUUGUAAUCAAUGCAACAUUUAAUUACAAUUAUGGAAUAAAGUUGUCUAAAUGAGAAGCAGUAGGCUCCAAUGAUCAACCAACAGGUAGGCUGUUGUUUAAUAUGAAUAGAGUUGUUGUAGACCAGGACGCGGGGAGCGCUUCUAAAUAGCCUCAAUUAGCCUUGCUAACUAACUUAGCUGGAGAGUGUAGCUAUCUGGCUUCUUGAUGCAGUCAAGACAGACACUACCAGAUGAGAUGAUAGACAACAUAACACAGCGACAUAUUUGUGUAACUUGCGAGAGUCAGUUUGGCUAUUUUCUCUCUCUCCCUCUGUGUCAGACACAACCGGCCCCUGCUCACUCACACCCCCUCCCCCAUAUGUCUGUGCUGAAACUACUAGAGUGCACCGCCUCUCCUGAGUUGCACGAGCAUCGUCCAAUUGAAGUGUUGUCUUUAAAACACAUGUACACUGAACAAACAUGUCAUCACAAUAUGUAAAGUGUUAGUCCCAUGUUUCAUGAGCUGAAAUAAAAGAUCCCAGAAAUGUUC